AUGUACUUCACACUACUCUUCAACCAGGUAGCAAGAGAGGUCUGUCAUUCUUCUUUUGCUCCUUACUGGACACACUUGUGCUCAUUAGCUUCAGCUACCCAUACAUCCUCUAGUAUCAUUUCCUCAUCCCUUGUAUCUCCAGUUGAUGUUACCCCUUCUCUCACCAUGUCAGACAACUUCCAAAAUCCAUCUUUACUUGGAGCUGCAAACUCGUUGCAGUUGUCCCUUCCUGUGGUGAGCGAUGCCACUUCUCUAACAGGAAAUGUCUGCAACCUCUCCACAGUCUCGACUCCAGCAUUCACUUCAGCAUGGCCACUACUAUCAACCCCUGGCACCUCUUUCCAGCCACUCACAGGAAGUGCCUAUCUUUGCCAACAUUCAAGCUCACCCAUGCUGUCAGGGGUUACUGGCCAGAACCACAUCUCCACUUCAGCUACCUCAUGUCCCAGUACUCUUAAAUGGGAGUACAUAGGACACAAUAAAAAGAAGUCACCUGAACAUGGAGACUUCACUGUGACUCUCGUUGACCAGGGCACAUCAGUCCCUUCAAUAACCAUGACAUCUCAAUAUGCAGAUGCCAAUGCCAUAGCCCCUUUGUAUCCAUCACUGUCUGCCAGCCUGGUUCAGGGGACACUAUCUCAGAUUCCACAUCAAGAGAAUAGCUUGUUACUUCCCCACCAACAAAGAAACCAUGUUUACUACUACCAGCAAAACACAGCAGGCCCUCUGUUGUCUGAAGAACCUGGUCUCUGCCUGCAAUCAUAUGGCUCUGUGUCCUAUACAGGGAGUGGGGUCUUUGCUCCUCAGCCAGAUAUAGUGAUGAUGCUCCAAGAGGUUCAGCCCACAACUGUCCUACCACCAGUCUCCACUUCUGGAAUCUAUGACUCUGUGUCUGCUCAACCCAACACAGAAAUCAAUUUUCAAGAAACUUCCCUGGCAAUGGACACUUUCCUAAAAUUGCAACUUCCAAGUCUGAAAUUUUGUCAGUCAGAAAUUCCAGACUGCUCCAGGUCCUACAAGCAUAAAUACAUUAAUUUUAACCAGUUUUCCAACUCCUUCACAGAGCUUGAAGAAUCCAAUGUUUCUACUACAACCCACAUCAAAGAUACAGAAACCAUCCAUGAUAUUCUGCUGCAGGAAAACUCAAUGAUCACCAAGUAUUCCAUUGGUCAAGACCAAAGGAACAAGCAUGAAGCCUUGGAAAAUGUGAAUGGAAUUCCUGAGGCCAAAGUCCAAUGCCCAAACCCAGAGUGCCUGCUGAAGGAAGAGGUGAUUGUGUGCACCGUCCCAGCCAGUGACAAGGCUUCUAUGAACACAGCCAAGCCUUCUACCAGAAAAACUCCAAAAGCUGCAUCCAGCAGAGUCAGCAAAACUAAGAGCCAUGCUCAGAAAGAGACCAAAAGGAUCAGGGAAAACAACACCAAGAAAUGUGAAGAGACCAAGCAGUCAGGGGACAAAAUCAAGACAGAAGAGAAGACAAGCACUCCCAAGAUGAAGCACAAGAGAAAUCACCCUGAGCUUAACCCAGAGAACUUCAAAAGGCCUCGAACCAAUCUAGGUGUGCAGAUGUGGGAGUCAGUGCAGGUUUUUCAUGCACUAGGGAAGAAAAAUGAGAAGAAAAAGGAACUCUCUUCCCCCAAGACCUUGAGAAAUGCAAGCAGCACACAAGACACCAAGUUUACCCCUGCUAGGAAAUCGUGGCUGCAUAUUCCACAUGAGGGUAGAGGCCCUAAAAACAUUCCAGUCAAGAAAAGGGACAGGAGUGAAAGCCAGUAUCCAUCACCGUCCCAGGAUGAGCUGCCUCCACCUGGGAAGGUCAAGCUGGUUCCUUUGCCUUUUCUAACCCCAGAGAAGCCUCAAGCUCGACCUAUUUCUCGCAGGCUACAGUCUCUGGCCUCCCGGAGGCCCACUGUACCUUACCCUGCUAGACCUUGUUCUAACACAGCUCAACCUCCUGCUGUCAGCCUAUCUCAACCAGCUACUACCAACACAAAUUCCAUAGGUUCCACCAAAACAUCUCAGCCAAUUGCAACCAAUACAAACACAAAGGGAUUGAACAACACUCCCCAGCUUAAGGAGUCCCAGGCUGCUGUUGCUAGGCCUGAACCCUACAAAACAUCAUCUUCCACUUCUCUCCAGCACAAGCUUGCUGGGUACAAGCUCCAGUCCAUGCCUAAGCCUCAAAACCAGUAUCUACUCGAAGAUUUCAGCCGCCAACCCAUUCCAUGGAGGAAGCCUGAUAUUCCUGGGCCAGUAGUAUCAAAUCCCAUCACCAAAGAGCAAAGGCCAGAGCGUGAAGCCAUGAAAAGGCAGGCCCAGCAAGAACGCGAGAAAGCUGCCCAAUACACUGCCUUGGGGAAAUUGCAGUUUUUUGUUCAGAGGCAAAAAGAUAUGGAAGUUUCUAAAUACUAUGGCUAUGCAAUGUAA